CCCGCACCUGAUUGGUGGGCCCACCCAUGGGGAGCAGGGAUUGGCCCGAGGACCUGUCAGUCUGGGCCCCGGCCUCGGCGGCGGCGGUUCGGUGCGGCAGCGGCCUGAGGUGCUGCGGGGGGCUCCUACCUCGGUACGGCGGGGUUCUCGCGCUGAGAGGGCUCCUGAGCGAAGCUGUGGGCGGCUAUCCCAGGACAGGAAUGCCAUGCUGUUAAACAAGAGAUAAGCCUGCUGGAUUCAACAACAAAUUGAUGGCAGUGUGCAUCAAAAUGGGUUGAGUGAGUGCAGAUCUACCUUAUUCCACUUGUAGUUGUUCUGGCACUGUCUUCAUUUUUGCUUCAGAGGGAACUAUGUAUCUAAAUGGGUUUGUUAAGUUGGCAGAGAAGAACAGACAACCUCUGGUGGAAUUCUGUUUUCAUCAUGUUGUCUCAGCAGUACUGGGUGAGCUGAAACUUCCUGCAUCUUGGGGGAGAGCAUGUAUAAAAGGAAUGACCUCAUGGCCAAUGUGAUGGUCACCUCCGCCACUCCAGAGGGUAGUAGCAGCUCAGAUUCUCUGGAAGGGCAAAGUUCAGAUUUUGCCAAUAAAAGCUACGAUGCAGUUGUGUUUGAUGUGUUGAAAGUAACUCCUGAGGAGUUUGCUAGCCAGAUUACAUUGAUGGAUAUGCCAGUAUUUAAAGCUAUACAGCCUGAGGAACUAUCAAGCUGUGGAUGGAAUAAGAAAGAAAAACAUAUCCUUGCUCCAAAUAUUGUUGCCUUUACUAGCAGGUUUAACCAGGUCAGCUUUUGGGUUGUACGAGAAAUAUUAACAGCACAGACCUUAAAAAUAAGGGCAGAAAUAUUGAGCCAUUUUGUGAAAAUAGCUAAAAAACUUCUAGAGCUGAAUAACCUUCACUCUCUUAUGGCUGUUGUCUCAGCACUGCAAAGUGCACCUAUCUUCAGACUGACCAAGACCUGGGCUCUUUUGAACCGCAAAGACAAGUCCACCUUUGAGAAAUUAGACUAUUUACUGUCUAAGGAAGAUAAUUAUAAAAGGACACGAGAGUACAUCAGGAGCUUAAAAAUGGUCCCUACUAUUCCAUAUUUAGGAAUUUAUCUCUUGGAUUUAAUCUACAUUGAUUCUGCAUAUCCUGCUUCAGGCAGCAUUAUGGGGAAUGAACAGAGAUCCAAUCAAAUGAACAAUAUCCUCCGAAUCAUAGCUGAUCUGCAAGUCUCCUGUAACUAUGAUCAUCUUACAACACUGCCCCAUGUGCAGAAGUAUUUGAAGUCUGUACGUUACAUUGAAGAACUGCAGAAAUUUGUAGAAGAUGACAAUUAUAAAUUAUCAAUAAGAAUUGAGCCAGGUAGCAGCUCUCCUCGACUGGUUUCUUCCAAAAAAGAUCUUGCAGGUCCCUCUGACAUGUCAGCAAUUAUGAAAUUCAGCAGGAGACCCACAUGUCCUGAUGCCUCAGUUGCAGCAAGUUUACCUACACCUCCUGUACCACGGCACAGGAAGAGUCACAGCCUGGGAAACAACAUGAUGUGUCCAUUCAGUGUGGUGGAAAGCAAAAGUGCCACCUUCCCGACGGAGAAGCCACGCCACCUCCUGGAUGACAGCGUCCUGGAAUCCCACAGCCCAGCCCGUGGACACCCCCUGGACACACUCCUCACCAACGGCCUGUCCAUAGACAGCAGUGAAAGCUCAGAAUAUAGUGAGGAGCUGCCAUCAGGGUUUGAAAGGGGUCGUUUGUAUGCCACUCUGGGGCCUAACUGGAGGGUACCGAUCCGGAACUCUAGGAGUCGAAGCUGUGUCUACAGCCCAGCAGGGGCCUGCAGCUGCACAUUAGGUAGUUCCACAGAAGUCAUUACCAUGGAAGGGCCAUUAAGAAGAAAAACAUUGCUCAAAGAAGGCAAGAAACCUAUUCUCUCCUCAUGGACAAGAUACUGGGUUAUGCUUUCAGGAUCAACUCUUCUAUACUUUGGAGCAAAAUCUAUAAGAGGCACUGAAAGAAAACAUUAUAAAUCUACACCUGGUAAAAAAGUCUCCAUCGUGGGCUGGAUGGUGGCAUUGCCUGAUGACCCUGAGCAUCCUGAUAUUUUCCAGCUAAAUAACCCUGACAAAGGCAAUGUUUACAAGUUCCAGGCUGGCUCAAGGUUUCAUGCAAUACUGUGGCAUAAGCAUUUGGAUGAUGCGUGCAAAAGCAACAAGCCUCAGGUACCUGCUAAUCUUAUGUCGUUUGAAUAAUUUGCUCUCCUACCUGGUGUGACUUCAAGUGCCAAACUGAAGAAACAGGCUGUUAAUGAUUUUCCUGACAUGAGCCAGCCACAAUAUUUCAGCACUUUUCUAUGGAACUUGAAAGUGAUUCUGAUGCAGCUUUUAAAAGCAGAAAGUGAAUGUUGUCCUUAGGACCUGUUGUAGUCUCAUUCACUGAGUGAAAGCAGACAAGUUAGAUGGACAGAAGAUUAAUCCCAACUCCUGACAGAUUCCAGAGCCCUCAAAUUUUUGUGGUCAGACUGCCAUGAACUGAUGUUUGACCACAAACUAACCAACAUAUCUUCUGCCUAUUCCGUCUGCCUAUUCUUUUUUAAACGGUUCUUUUUAUGGUUAAACUGCUUUGUGUGACUGAAGAAUAUUUGGCCCAUGUUGGGUUUCAAUUAUUUCUAAUGCACAGAAUGACUGACAGUGUUAACUUGCUGCAAAGAGUCAAUUAGAAUAGAAAAUUGAGGAACAACAUUUUUAUAAUCUAAGUGCACUGAGUUGUUUGGCAAUGUGGUUGCCUCAGAUUUUGUAUCAAAUCUCUGGACAAUUCUGCUGUUCACAUUUGAGCUAUUUGGGAAAAAUGUAUUUUGGCACCAGACAGAAGACUUUUCAUUCAGUUAUAUCAGUCAAGAAUGCCUAGACAAAGGAUUUAAGGUUGUUUAAAUUUAUCUCAUGCUAUAAGGUCAUCUUUCAUUCUCUUACUACUGGCAUCAUUGCUUACAGAUUUGGUUUUUAAUUCAGUCUGAAUGCUGUUCAUCUUGAAUGCCUUGGUAGAGGGAAGCAGGUGAUCAGAUGUUACUCAUGGCUCCUCAGAAUGAUCCUGUAUCAUUGCUUCUCUUCUUUCUGUGGAUGACUCAGCUCCACUUGGUUCCAAUACAUGAGGCACCUUUAUCACUUGAUCCUGCUCUUGGGAAAUCAUGGUGGCAAUGAAGGUUGGGCAAGAGUGUCUGAGAGUGUGGGGGGGAAGAAAACCAAAACAAAUCACAAAAAACCCAACACAACCUAAAUUAUCUUUCUUCUCUUAAAGAAAGAUUGUGAAGAUAUCAAAUGUAGGCAGUAUCAUUAAUUUGUUAAUGUUUUGAUGUGAUUCAGUGCCAAAAUGCAUGUUUUCCAAAUAGCACUAAAACGAGGCAAAGAAAUUAGUUUUCAAAUUGCAACCUAUUUGUCAUAUUAUAAUGUAAACCAGUUUCAACAUUUUGAUUCAUUUUGUGUGAAAACUGUUGCACUAUUUUUGGCUGUAUUUUCCUAGCAGUCCACUGCAUGCCAUUUGUGUAGGGAUUCUUUCUAUAGUUCUUGUGAACUGUCUCACCCAUAAGAACCCUGGUGUUGGAAUCUAGGUUUUUGGCGAAGUAUUUUGUUACCUCAGUCUUGUAUCAAGUUGCUGUAUUUUUCAGUUUGUUACAUUGAUAAUGAUUGUUUCACUGAUUAAAUACUUUAAUGUUAAAAAAAAAAAA